AUGGCGUCGUCCCAAUCUUUCGAUCCCACCGUCCUCCCCCCAGCAGCGCCAUGCCCUUUCUGCAGUAUCGCUUCCACCUACUCUUCAUUCGACCCCUUAACACCCCCUGCGAUCGAUUCACCCCUUAUAGAUCCCGAAAAGCUCGCACCUACUAGCUUCAUUGUUCUCUCGACACCAACGCUGUUAGCAUUCCUCGAUAUCCUCCCCUUAUCCCCAGGCCACUUGCUGCUGUGCCCGCGGCGGCAUGCAUCCAAGUUGACCGACGUGACCGCGAGCGAAGCUGCCGAACUGGGCUCGCAUCUGAGAGUCCUUAGCAAGGCUCUGGUACGAGCCACUGGCGUGGGCGAUUGGAACGUCGUCCAGAACAAUGGCGCAGCCGCUGCCCAAGUCGUCGACCACGUUCACUACCAUCUGAUCCCACGCCCCGAGAUCAGAGCGAGCGGUAAACUACGUGAUAGUUUCACAAUGUUUGGAAGAGGUCAGCGCGAAGAGCUCGAUGAUGAUGAAGCCGUCCAGCUCGCGGCCAAGAUACGGCAGUGUGUCAAGGAAGUUUUACAGGAGGAGGCCGCCAGAGGGAAACUAUGA